AUGCCCUGGACCAAGCGGCGCCAACUUACCUUGCCGUUACCGGCAGGCGGUUCUAAGAGGUUGGGGGUGCGUGUGCAUGCAGGGUUGGCCGAGAGCUCGGGCCCGAGGGUCGUUGUCAAGAUUUUCCACAGAAAUUCAGUGUCAGUUCAAUCGGUGCCUGCUCAGUCAACCAGUGCUUGGUGCCAGGGCGUUACACGCGACCGCAAUCUGGUGCACGAGGAGGUGACAGCGUCGCAAAACAAAGAGCGAAAUUUAAUCCAUUGCCGCGAGUACAAUCGGAAAGGCUGGACUCAGCAGCAGCUUUGCCGUGUUGUCCGGGGUAUGGAUUACACCUACCACGCCAGCCAGGCUAAAGCACAGCCAACGCAAGACAACCGCGAGCUGGUGUGGGCAGCCAAACAAUCGGAGGACUCGAAAGUGCGUAAGAAGGAAUUGGAGCAGACAUUACGCAAGACACCCUUCUUCAUGAACAUGGAGAGGGAGAAAGUCGGCAUCAUUCACAAGAUAGCGAAGGUGGCAACAGUCAGGCACGAGCGGGAGGGCCAAGUCAUCUUCCGCCAAGGAGAUCAAGCGACCAGUGUGUACCUUCUUCUGAAAGGCAGCGUCUCAGUCUUGGUUCGGUCCGGGGAAGCUCUUCCUAGCCCUCGUCCCGACCUGGGGAAGGAUCAAAUGCCGUCAACUCUGACUCAAGUGCGGCGAGUGGCCACAGAGGUGCAGGAGGUGAAGCGGUCUCAGGACACGCAGCCAUCUGGAAUUGGUCAGAGGCGCAACUCGCAGAGAGCUUGGGAGCUGCCGCAGGGUCCGGACGAAAGGGAUCCUGCCGACAAGACCUCGGUCGCGGAGGGGGACAGGACACUGUGGUCGAGGGUCAACAGCAGGCCUUGCUCCGCUAUGUCUUGGAAGAUUCGCGAGAAGAUUCCGACGAGGCAGGCCAAGAAGCGCGACGACACUAUCAGGAAGCAGGAUGAGUGGGGUCGGAAUGUCUACUCCACUGUCGAAGGCUUCAGCACAUUCACCGAGGAGUCGAACCUCGGAGACCAGGUGAACACUCUCGAAGCUGGCUCAGUGUUUGGCGAGGUGGCGCUGCUUUCGGAAGCCCCGAGAAGCGCCUCGAUCAGGUGUUCGGCGGACUGCGAACUUCUUCUGUUCAAUGCCAGAGUUUUCCGCAAGGUGCUGUCCGAGUUUGUGGACGUUGCCAAGGUCGUUGGUUUAUUGCAGUCGGUGGAUUUCUUUAACAAGAUGGAGGAGACGAGCCCGGGCGUUAUCCACAAGUUGGCGAAGACAGCCGAAUUCACGACAGAGCUGAAGGGGCAGGUCAUUUUUCGACAAAACGAUCCAGGCAAAGAUGCGUUCAUCCUGGUGAAGGGACAGGUAGCCGUGCAUGCCUGGGACACCACGUUCGGCAAGAGGAAGCCGGUGACGCCGCGGAUUCGGAAGGGCGAGAUGCCCACGCUCACGGACUUCCGCAGGAGCGGCAAGGAACGCUGGGACCUGGUGGCCAGGAAGGAAGAGGCGAAGCAGGGCAAGCCUCCGCGCAUUGCGCAGUCCUUCCGAACGACGGAGGGCUACAGCACUUUCAGCAAGGAGUCGCACCUGGGGCCACUGCUCACAUGUCUUCACGAUGGCAGCCUUUUCGGAGAGCUGGCUCUGCAGAACACGGAGCCGCGCAGGGCCAGUGUCGUGUGUUUGGAGGACUGCGAACUUCUGCGCCUUCGAAAGGAGGACUUCCUUGCAGCUAUCCGCGACCGCAAGGAUCAGAUCUACUUCUUCCACCAGCAUGUGCCAUCCUUCAAGGAAUACGCGGACAAACGAGCUCAAGGUGCUCUUACGGAUCAUCCGUCGCUGGUGUUUGCUUCUGAAACUUUCAAGAAUGGUCAGACGGUAACGUCUGAGGGAGUGUUCGCCAUUGCCAAGAUCUAUGUGCUAGGGCCUGGUGCCACCGUGGACUUCUGCAGAUAUCGUGAGCCGCGUGCCAAUCCUGCAUAUGUGCUGUCGAGAAGACCACGAAGCGCCCCAAAAUCCAAGGCCAAUCGCACGGAGCUCUUGUCCCGCGAGCACCUCCAGCAGACGGAACAUGAUCUUGCUUUCCAGGCAAGUGCUGCUCGUCUGGCACCAGAUGAGGAUGUGGAGGUGCUGGACACUCUCGAGGCAGGAGGAUUGUUUGGAACCAUGGCAGCACUUCCGGCCUACACGCCGGAGCCCUUCUCCAUAGUGGUUCGCUGCUCCGCAGAGACGUGCAUACUCUACUCCAUAGAUGGCUCGUCAAUGCAAAACCUGCCCUCCAAGCUGCUGACGGCUUUGCGAGAACAAAUGGCAGAGGAAGCCACUCAUCGCAUAGCGCGGAUUCAUUUGCCCGAAGAAGAGGAGAGCCAGACUGCCACACCUACCUCAAUGACGACAAGCCGAAGCCGGAGCUCAGGGCGCACGCCGUUCAAGCACCUGUUGAGAAACCCUUCGUUGCCGUGA